AGCAGCGGCGUGCGUAAAAAUACUCGCUCGCGAGCAGCCGAGCGCCUCAAGGAGCAGCUAGCCGCCCCACACCCCCACACACCAGCCCCCGCCUCGAUCCCUUUUCCAUCUCCGUCCCCGUCCGUCGCGCCUCUCGAUGCCGACUCGUCUCUAAGCGUGAGCUUUUGUGGCGCGCAGAAUUGUACCGUAAUUUUACGCAUUGACGUUCGAGCUCGACAACGGAAUCGCAGGAGCCAAGCGAGCCAGCGCGCAUGGAGUCCAAGGCCGCCGAUGGCUCGCGCGCGUCCUCCAAGUCGAAGGAGGGGCUAUGGUGGCGCUGGACGCACGGCAAAAGCGGUAGUACGGCCUCCAGCAGCCAUGUAGGCUCGCUCUACGACGCGAGCAGCCACCACAAUAGCAGUAGUCAUAGUAAGCCGGCCGCCGCGUCCCCCAGUAACGGGAUGCGGUGGCAGAAGCGCACCACCCGGACCCCCAGGGAGGAGAACAGUUCUACUUCCUCCUCUUCUCUGGCCUGGUCAAUCUCCCCUGACGCUGGGGGGAGCUCGUCUUCUCCUAAAUUUUUCUCCGCUACAGCCUCGUCGACGUCUCGCACCACGCGGACGUCGACGGUGCCCUCCAAGAAGAAGACCCCGUCAUCGUCAUCGUCAUCGUCAUCGUCGUCAUCGUUCUCCAGUCGCGGACUACGGGAUGGCCCCACCAAGAAAGCCUCGUUGGGGGCAUCCUCGGCCUCGUCAACAUUUUCGUUCUCGUCACGCGAGGACAAACGCGCGGCGUCGACGGAGCUCUCGUGGUCUGUCGGAAAGAGCAAGCGUCCGGCAGCCAGGAAAGAACGGAGGAGCGCCAAGAGCUUGUCGUCGUCUAUGCUGUCCGCUAGUCGAGCCAGCACACGAGUGAUGGCCACAAGAAGUACACAUUUUCUACCGGAUGUGAACGAAGACACAGAAAUGAGAGCCCCGGAUGCUGGUGCCAGUGCGUUCGCAUUCUCGCCGCAGCAGUCCAAGCCCACAAGUCGGAAUUCUUCACGUGGAAGCUCGAGUUUUACGUCGUCGAGGUAUGAGAAGGUGGAGAAGUUUCCUGCCGCGAAGCCUGUGGUGUUUGACUUUGACGGGAACUUCUCGAGGCGCAGCAAGCCGGUAUUCCCGCCAACUUCGCCUUCCGCGGCGUCAACUGCUUCGACGACCUCAUCGUUCAGUUCGCAAUCGUUCUCUAGUGUGGACCCUCUGGUGAACUGCGCCCGUGCUGUGCUGCAAGAUUGCAUCAGGAAACGCAAGAUGGAGCAGAGUAAUGCCAGGAAGCGCUCGAUCGAAGGCUGUUUCGAUGGAGAUCUGCUGGAAAGCAAGGAGUUUGGCUGGCAUUAUGACUCGGUGGUCAAGCCCAGAGACGGAGCUGUGAGUCCAGGUUCAAGUAGCAGUAGUGAUGAUGAGCUUAGUCAAUUAUCGUCGAUGGACCAGUCUUUCUGCGCGGAGAAGACCGAGCGAGGCUGUGAUAGCAAGCUGGCGAAGGAAGAAUUGUACCGCCAAAUAUUAGUGGAGGACUACGAUCUCAGCAGCAGUCCCGAGUUCCAGUGCUUUAGCCCCAUGAUCGAAGAAAAGGGUCUGCCCAUCGAGGUCCGAUACCAACUCCCGCUGGCUUUGGGUACAGCUAACGAAACCAACAAGGAAUGCACAAUUUGCCAGCUUCGCUAUGGUAUUGGCGAUCACAUCGUGACGCUUCCAUGCCAGCACUUCUUCCAUGCGUGUUGUGUGGACAAGUGGCUGUGGAAUCAUACGUCCUGCCCACUGUGCCGAACGGAGGUCUCGCUAGACCAGGAAGCCGAAGUGCCCAGCACGAAACACAACUUUACUGAGUGCUCACCCGUUGACCAAGAGCGGAUUCGCCGCCAGAUGCGCUCUUCCUCUCAGCACGCGGGCUUUCGGCCGGUUGUUCCAGUGGAAAUUGAUCAGCUCGAUUUGGAAGUGUCUCGAAUGGCAAUCGAUGAAGACUCGGAGGUUGAAGACGAGCCAAGCUAUUUAGUUUGCCCGACUCCGCACCUUGCCACAAAUUCGCAGGACAAGUGCCCUGGCAACUGA